UUUGCAUUUCAUUCAGAGAAAUUGGCAAUACGCUUUGAAUUUAUGCAAAACUAAUUCGCUGGCGGAUACAGUUGGUCCGUUUUACGUUUUGCGUCACUUGCAACGGCUCGCGGUUAGCGGAUGAGGCGGAUAAUCGAACCAAGACAACGGCAAUAGCUACAGCCGCAUCGCAUCUCUUCUUAACCACGCUUUGGGACGGGCUAUAAAAACGCCCAUCGGAUGGAGGGGCCACAACAUUACCCGUUCACAACUCGAGGCGUGCCCACUAACGCGUUGACAGCUUUAGCAGCCUCCAGGGAAAAAGAGUUCAGCAAAGACCGCAGAAGAUGCGUGGAUUAAUCCAGGUUCUGACCUUCUUGACAGCAGCAGCAGCAGCAGUGCGCGCCGAUGUAGGUGGCUACAACUACGGAGCCGGCCUGAGUGGCUCGUCUGGCGGCUCUAAUGGAGGUUCUAACUCUGGUGGAUCUCUGUCUGGCGGCUCAAUCUCUGGCGGUUCAUACUCUGGUGGUUCCAGCGGCUCCCUUUCUGGGGGCUCUAUUUCCGGCGCUACGCUGUCUGGCGGAUCGCUUGGCUCUUCCGUGGGCUACUCCAAUGACUAUGCACCCGUCAACACCGAUUUCAAUAAGGAGUUCUUCACCUACAGCGCCCCAGAGGCCGACUUCGAGGACAACAAAAGCGUUAGUGACCUGGCCGCUUCGCUGAAAAAGAACUUGCGCGUGGUCUUCAUCCGUGCCCCCGAAAACAAGGGCCUGGAGAACGCCGCCCUGGCUCUGGCCAAGCAGGCUGCCGAGCAGCAGACCGCCAUCUACGUGCUGACCAAGCAGGGUGACCUCUCCAGCCUGGCCAACCAGCUGCAGAACCUGAACCAUGUGAGUGCCAGCAAGCCCGAGGUGCACUUUGUCAAGUACCGCACGCCGGAGGACGCUCUGAAUGCCCAGCGUACCAUCCAGCAGGAGUAUGAGCGCCUGGGUGGCUCCUCUGCCUCUCACAAUGGAGGAGUUGCUCCAGUCCUGGACUUCACCUCCAAGCGCCAGCAACAGUUCCAACAGCAACAGCAACAGCAGCAGCAACAGCAAGUGCAGCUGGUGGAUGAGCGUCGUGCCUCCAACAUCAAUGUGGCGUCGACUGGCAGUGUGUCGAACAUUGGCGUUGAGCUGGAGGCCCCCUCCACUUCCUACAUCCCACCCACGGCCCAGGCCGCGCCUGUGGCCACUUACUUGCCUGUGAACAAGGUCAAAUAGUUGCUCGAAGUCUAGCCUUAUUAACAAAUUAGCCAAAUUGUGGAGUACCC